UUAUCAAAAAAUAAUAAUCUUUAAUUUCGUGAGUGUCUUGUUAACUUUGAGGAGGAAGGGAAGAGUGAAGACGAUGGAAAGGGACGAAGGAGCAGUGGAAGAUGGCAAGAGGAGAUGUAAAGUCCUCAAAAAUCGAAUUGAAACCUUAGCAACUACUCAACAAUCCUCAUGGAAGACUACCCUUUUCAGGCUAAUCAACUCUGAGCUUUCUUUCCUCAACCGCGUUUCCCUCUCCUCAUCUCUCAAACUCAGCACCAACAUUGGGUAUCUUGAAGCAGUUGUUCACAUUCUUCAAAACCCAAUAGUAACAGCAGUUUCACGGGUCUGCAAACCCAUUUCGGUAUCGUCGAAAUUGAGUGUUUAUAUUGACGUAAUUUGCUCUUUUAAUGGGAACCCAGUUUGGUUUAUAGUAUCAGAUAGAAACCCCAGGUACAUUUCUUGGGAAGAUUCGGGGGAAAUUAGGAUUUGCAAGGGUUUAAGAAGCAAAAUCGUAGAACUCAUGUUUGCUGCCUCAGAGUCGUCUGUUACGGUGAGGCCUAGUUCUAUUAUCCUUUUCUUCUCAAAUGGACUUCAAAGUUGUAUUCUUGAUAAGCUUCGAGGGGAAUUUGGAGCUACUGAUCUGGGGUUUGGAUUUUGUGACUUUGAUUGUGAGUUUUAUGAUGAAUUAGAGGAUGAGGAUUGGGUAAGUGUACUGGGGAGGUCUUUUGAAAGGGCAUGUAUUUUGGAAAUAAAGGUUGGUUCUUUUUCGUCUAGUAGUGCAAUUUCAGACUCUAGUACAGAUGUUAAAUUGCAGGGUAAAGAUGGAGAAACAUUAACAGACCUUUCUGGGAGUUUAGGGAAGAUGCAUAGUCAUGAUGCUAGUAAUGAUGUAAAUUUGGGUGAUUCUUUCUGUGCUCUUGUCUCAGCAUUGAGGAGUUGGUCCGGUUUUGAUGUUGAAGAAGCUGAAUUGGUCAAUUUUGAUACAACAGCACUAGUUGCUAUAGUGUCCGGGAUUAGUAAUGGUAGUAUUGAUCGAAUUCUGGCUACUCCAGAGAGUGAGCUGAGAAGCCGAUUCAAGGUCAAUUAUGAGUUCAUGAUUGGACAGGUGAAUUCUGAACUGAAGAAGCCAAUCCAUAUGGAGCUGAUGCCUUCUAUAUUGCAAAAGCGAGGCAUAGUUUGUGAAAGUGUUUGUGCAGAAUUUCAGGAGCUUGUUUCAAUGUGUGGUGGGCCUAAUGAGAAGUCUAGAGCAGAGCACUUUCUGAACCAUCUAAGGGUUGUGCCUGAUUGCCCGUCAGAACGGCUAACGAGCCUUCCAACAACCAGAAAAUUGGCUUUAAAAAACAAGGUAGCUUUUGGGACUGGUGAUUAUUGGCAUGCUCCUACUAUAACUGCGAACAUGGCAUUUGCCAGAGCUGUUUCACAGACAGGAAUGUCCCUGUUAACCAUAGAGCAUAGACCACGAGCAUUGGUUGGUGAUUAAUCCCCUUGGCAAAUGCCAUUUGAAAACAGAUGUUGAUCCUAAUCCUGAGGCUACAUUGACUUAAUGGAACUGAAUCUUUUCUGUGAAAAGAGAUGUUGAGAUACCCAAGUGUGACGCGUCAUUUGAACUAGGAAAUUGUGAAACUUGCUUGGCUAUUACACGUGUAUAUAUCAGACUAGCACAAUGUUUUAAUAGGCAUUUUGUAUGUUAGCUUGUAUGAUGCUUCUUGGUAAUAAAAUAAGGGGCCUCAGUUAUCUUAA